CGGGGCUGAGGGUGUGACCCGGAAGUGCUGACGGCUGAGCGGCAAAUGUGAAGUUGGCGACCGGAGAAAUCGACGCUCGCUUGAAGUUGGGACAGAGUAAAGUGUCCUGUGGAAGGCGCGAUACAGAUGUAAAAUUAUUGUCCUCGUUGCCGCCUGCAUUUGAAUUGAGAAAGACCGGCUUUGGUUUGGGGCGGCAGUUGUUUAAAAAAAAAGCUGUUCUCACAAUGUCUGCUCCUCGCUAACAGUUCUGAGCGGAGGCUCAAAUGGAGCCAAACGAGGGAGAUGAGAGUGUCAUUGUAAUCAGCGACACUGAAUUAGAAAACGACAGCGAAUUCUCGGUGCUCAUAGUGGAAAAUCCUCCAGAGGUAGUAGCUGGUACAUCUAAGGAGAAGAGCGCUGAGGUGGUGGAUGAGGAAUGUGGGCUCGCAAUUACGUACAGUAAGAAAGGGAAUGUGAUGCCCCACGCUCGCUAUGACUGUAUGGAACAGAGUUUCACGCGCAGAGAAAAUGAUACCUCGGAGCCAGUGGACAAUAAUUUAAAUUUCUGUGAACAGUGCUAUUGUUAUAUCUGCGACAAGCCUGUUUCCAAGUGCGAAUUUUGGAAGGUCCCGUCGCUCUGCCAUUGCAAUGCUCACAACAAGAGCAAGUACUGGAAAGCACAUCGUGAUGCAGCACUGAAGGGCACGCUCUCGAUGUUCAACUUCAACCUGGUGGACAUUGACGCUGAGCUGCGACGUGGAGGAGAAUUGCUGCAGAAGUUUUCCUUGGUUCUUGCCGUGGAAUACAAUAAAUAUUUGAUGGGAAUGAGUGUUCCCAACCAUACAAUUCCCUGCACAUGCUCCUGCCACAACGUAUUCAACGUGUUCUGUGAAAAGUGUUUGAUAAAUCAUUUUGAUAUCCGGUUAUACAGUUACACGGCUGUGUUUGAAUUGGUGGACAAUUUUCUGUGUCAGGCAGACCAGGAGAAGCCCAAAGCAGCUGUUGUUAUGAUGAUGGGUGCGGCAAAAGAAAUCCUCUUUCACAAACAGCUCUCACAAGUUACCAAUACAGAUCUAAAUCUAAUGUCUUCAACUCCCAAACUGGCUGUACCAUUUUUUAUGCACAGAAUUGCCAACUCUUUACAGAAAAUGCUGGUACUGAGCGACUUUCCUCCCUGUCUGUUUGAUAAGUUGAAAAGGUUCUAUCAAACUCUGCCAUUUCCUUCUUUUUGCUUUGCCUUCACAAACAGUCUCAACGUGCUGUCCUGGGAUGACCCUUUCCUCACCUCCAUCCUGAGAGGACAGAACAUCACUGGGCAGCGGCAGAAGAAAGGCAGGAAGGAAGUGCUAUGGGAAGAGAUUGUCGUGAUCCAGGCGCGGGUGGAAAGAAUGGAGGCCAGAGAAGAGUACAGGGAGUUGGUGCGAUACCUUCGAGUGGUAAAAUGCAGCGAUACACUAAAGUUGCAGGCACUGCAAGACAAAGUUCCGUUCUACAUUUGCAAAUAUGGAGAUUUUCACCACGCUCUGCAGGCUUUCCAUGUUAAUUCCAGCCUCUCGUGCUGCACUGCCUGCCGUCUGUCUCCCAUCCAGUACUCGAUCUACUUAAAGAUUCUGAAAACGGAAACCGUACCUCCUGGCAGUGACCUUUCAGAGGAAGGAAAUUGGGUUUGUGUCAAAGGUGAUUCUUCAGUAAAAAUCCACGUAAUGAUGAGAAGUUUGCUCCGGAUUCUGUUUGUAAAUAAAGCACUUUAUAAAGAUGUUCAGUGCUGGAGCAAACUGAUUGAGAUUCAAUGCAACUCUUUCACAUUGGGGAAAAAUGGCAAGUUACUUAGUGAGGUGAUCCAAGCUCCAUCCGCCGAGUUUGUGGAAAGCACAGCGGGCCUGGCUGCCAUCAUCCUGGAGGAUCUGAAGAAAGGAAUAGUCGGUUUGCCCAAAGUCUUCCUGUCCGUGGAUUGCAAGGCAGCUAUGUUAAUCCUUGUGACUAUUGCCUUCGUCCAGAUGUGGCACACCAAACUGCCCACGAUGUACAUGGUUCUGCAGCUACUACUAGCUUAUGGGAGGAAUGUGUGGGCACUGAAACUCCUGCUUGACAAGCUGAGGGUGGAGGAGGAGAACUUGCGCCAUUUCUGCAUACUAUUGGGAAAAAACCUUUACAUGUAUAAGGGCAUGUUGCUUGAGGGGUUUAAAUGUCACGACGCUGGCUAUGUUUGUGACUUUGUGAAUAUCUUCCUGUCUGACACGCACCCUUGCGUGCAGGCCAACAGCAUGCAAAUGGUCCAGAUUCUCGUGGAAGCCUGGCAAGAACUGAAGGGGAACGAAUGUGUGUGGGAACAGACACUUCACAGUUUUCUACAAAAUAAGGUCAUUCCGGCCAUUGAUAGGCAGAACGCUAAGCAUUUGCCAGAGCUGAGGAACAAAAUAAAUAUGAUUGCGUUAAAGAAAGUCUGAUGCUCCCUACAAUGUGGCAGUCCUGAUGAUGGCUGGAAAAGGUGGAUUAACUGUGGCCAAUCUCGACCGAACAUUCCUGCAAAUUGUGCUCCUGAGAGCCUGGCACCAACCGCAAUCGUCUGAUUUUAAUGGAAAUUUCACUUUGUUUUAAUAAAACUUCUCUCUGGUAAUAAGUCAUCCACUUGUAGUUAGUCUCUGAGAAGAUUGAGAAGAUUGUUCUUGAGAGGGUACAUCUGCGAGGGAAAAAAAAGCUUUACUCCUUAAUGUAAAUCCAGGAAAUGUGCAUUAGAUUAGUCAGCGUUUCAAAGGUUGAAUGUGACUGUUCUUCCUGUCCUAUAUUUACGUUACGUUACGAAGCUGGACUGCAAUCCUGAUACUUGGGUGGCGUUUGGCCCUUUAACUCACUCACACAACGCGGUCAAUCUGAAACUGGAGCACAGGGAGGUUGGAGGGUCGGGGAUUCUCUGAAACUCUUAUUAUUGGCUUGCUUUAGGGGAGAGAGGCUAAAAAGUUUUUUUUGUGUGUUUUUUGGCUAAUCUGAUGACCACACAUGACAGGAGGAGAAGGAAUAAUCCCUUAAAAAAUAUAAAUAAAAUAAUAAUAAUAAUUUGGUCGCUCAACCCAUGACUUUUUGUGGGACACUCCUGUGCACCAUUGGCUGCCGCGUUUCGCCCACAAAAUAUAGUCAAUUCAGUUUACAGUAUAUUCUGUAAAGUACUUGAGACGUCUCAACAAGACAUUCUCUGCAGUAGAUUCCUUUUUAAAAAAAUCGCCUUAGUUAAAAAAAACCAAAUAUGUUUGUAAUAUCUUCUGGGUUCUUGAUGAUUAAAUUAUUCAUUAACUUACAUUAAUUUCUGUGAACCAUGAGCACCUUAUCUGGCAGUGGUACCUCACCAAUUGCUUUUCUACUUGAGAUUCAGAAGAGGAACUUUAGAUGCUGAAGACCAUAUCGGUGGCAAUGUUGAAGAGCCAGUAAAUGUUUGAGCUUUGCCAAUUUUUUUUCUAUUUACAUAAACAGAAAAGGCUGUGUUUCUUUAACUGUUCUGGUUUGGAUGGUGCCUUGUACUCUGAGCUGAACUUGCUCUGUAAGGUUUUGAGACCAGUUCCUGUAUAUAUUUACAGUUUUGUUGCAAUUUUCAGUUGAUUUGUUCUGGUCAUUGUUGAGCAAAACAAAAGUGACAUUUUGCAUAUCCAAUUUUCAAUAUUUUACAAGGGUUUUAAAAAAGAGGGAGCGAGCGAAAUCCUUUUUAAUUUUCAAUCCAUUUUUAAUUCUUGCUACUGAAUGUAUAUUUUUCUCUGGGUCUAUUGUAUUCAGAUCUUUCAACCCCACAUUGCAAAGUACUAUUUAAUAAACAAUUAAAUUU